GGUUAUGUAGUUUUUUUGACAUACAAGAUUGAUGAGGUUAUGUUGUAGUUCUAUGUUCAACUUGCAAAGAAGUCUUUUAUGAAUAAGAAACCUCUACCACUGUAAAAUAAAUUAAACAGCUAGCUUUGCAAUCAUUCAUCAUUUCUUCAAAAAAGAGAAUGGAAUUCAAUAUAUCUUUUUUGGCGGGUUUGGGAUGCGGCUUAUGUAUUGGUAUAUCUUUCUUUGCUAUAAAAAGAUAUUUUGGAUCAUUUAAAGAGACUGCAGAUACAAUAAAAAAGUUUGCUUCAAAAUCAGAAUACAAAUUAGUGCUAGUAGUUAGAACUGACUUAGGUAUGAGUAAAGGCAAAAUUGCAGCCCAAUGUGGUCAUGCAGCCGUGGGAGCUUUUGAGAAGGCACUAAAGGCAGAUCCAGAAGGGCUGAAAUGUUGGCAAAUGACUGGGCAAGCUAAGGUUGCAGUGAAAACAGACUCGGUCGAUGAUAUGAAACAAAUUGCAGACAACGCAAAGAAAAUGGGAAUCAUAACAUCUAUGAUUAGAGACGCGGGAAGGACUCAGAUUGCACCCAAUUCGAUAACAGUGUUAGGUGUUGGCCCAGCCCCUAAAGAUGUUGUGGAUAAAGUGACUGGACAUUUGAAAUUAUUGUAAAUAUGCACCUUAGCUUUUGUGGAAUAAAAUAAGCAAAAAUUAGGUGUUAAAUAUUUUUAAAUUGUGUUACUUGCAUUUUGUUCUGCUUGUAUGCAGCAUAUGUUUGUACAUACAAUAAACAUUACCAGCUAUUGUCUGCGAC